AUGAAAGAAUUGAGACUACGCAAAAAUGAAGGUAUACAACAAUGUGAGGACACGAGAUAGGUUUAUUAAGAAUAUAGAAUAUUACUAUUAUUGAUAAGUUAUGGAGAGAAGAUGCAAAAUGUAUAAGAACAAUAUAGUAUAGACCAUUUGAUAACUCAAAAUGAGAUAAUGGCUGCCUAAAUGAGCAUAGAGGAUCAGAGUACUCUUGAUUUAAUUGAAUUAUUGCUUUAAAUGUAAAUAUGGCUUAAGUAUAUGAUAGUAAAGAUAUAAAAUUUUGGUAGCAUAUCAUUUAGAGUAAGUAAGUUUAGUAAGGAUAGUCCUAGUUCUAUAAGAGAUUCUCAUAGGUUGAAUUCCUUUUCGGAUUAUAUCAGUUUGAAUCUAACCGAAGAAACAAAUGAAUCUGAAAAAAAGACACGAUCAAGACCUUCUACUCCUGCCAAAUCAUCGGUUUCAAUAAUGGGAAAUUUAAAAAAGAGUGGAAAAAUAAGUCAGUUUCUCUAAAGAUAGCAGUCGGCUUAAACAAUUAAGAAUUAGGAUGAAACUGAGUAAGAAAAGUCCUGUCAUUUUCAGACAAAAAAGAAAAGUUGUUUUGCUUAGACAGCAAGUUCUGAGAGUGAGUUAGACAUAAGCAUUGAGAAUUCUGAUUAAUAGAAUAAAACAAUAGAUUCAACUGAAUAAAUCUUAUUUGAACAAGAUUGUUUUUUUGCAUCUUAAAAAGGCUAUUUUUCAGAUACAGAAAUAAUUAAAUUGGAUGCUGAAAACAGAAACUAAGAGAGGAAUAUUUGUUUAAAAGACUUUCAAUUUAUAAGACAAAUAGGAUAAGGAGCAUACGGUGGAGUAUUUUUUGUUAAAAGAAUAGCAACAGGUGAUCAUUAUGCAUUGAAAAUAAUAAAUUGUUCAAACAGACCUUUUGAAAGACUACUAACUUAAUUGAAAUAAGAGAGGAAUAUAUUUGAAAUAUUGACAGGAGAAUACGUUGUCAAAGCAUUCUAUUCAUUUUAACAUUAAUCAUCUUUAUGUUUUGUAUAAGAAUAUAUGGUUGGUGGUGAUUUUGCUAAAAUUUUGAUGAUUGAAGGAGCAUUUGAUGAAAAUAUAGCCAAACAUUAUUUUGCUGAAAUUUUAUUGGCAUUAGAAUAUUUACAUUCUAAUAAUAUAGUUCAUAGAGAUUUAAAACCAGAAAAUAUUCUGUUGGAUUAGAAUGGACACAUUAAAUUGGCUGAUUUUGGGUUGAGCGAAUUGGGAUUCAAUAAGAUGAUGGUCAAAAGAAAAGCCAGUUAGAGAGAUAUUGUUAAAUAGGAUUUAUCUUCAUCUCCUGGAUAUAUCAUUUAAAGAGGAGCUUCAUUUAAGAAAUCUAGAUCCAAUAACAGUCAAUAUGACAAAGGAUCUGAAGAGGAGAGACGAAGAAUUGUUGGAACUCCAGAUUAUAUUGCCCCUGAAAUUAUCAAAGGAGUGUCGUCAUCUAAUAAAACACUUGACUAUUGGUCUCUAGGAGUUAUACUCUUUGAAUUUUUAGUUGGAAUUCCUCCUUUUAAUGAUGAAUCUGUAGAUAAAAUAUUUUCUAAUAUUUUGGAAGGCAAAGUAGAUUGGCCAGAUAUUGGGGAUGAUCCAGAAUCUUAAAUUUCAGAAUGCGUUUAUGAUUUAUUGAAAUAACUAUUGAAUCCUGAUUACAAUUAAAGGAUUGGGCAUGAAUCUAUUGAGUAAAUUAAAAAACAUCCAUUUUUACAAUCAAUCAAUUGGAAUACUUUGAGGAGUAAACCAGGACCAAUUAUUCCAAGAAUUCCAUAAGCUUAACAAUAAUAAUUUGAAAAUGUUCAAGAAAAGUUGUAAAAAUUCCUCAAGAGAGCUGAAAAGAAACAUUCUCAAAUAGUCAAAAAAUUAUAAGAUGAAUUAGAAUAUUUAGAGAGAGUUGAUUUGUUGAUUGCCACAAAUGAAAAAGAGGUACUACACCUAAAAUAGUAAAUCACCAUAUGA